AUGCCACACGUGAACAAAUUCUUAGCCUAUUGCGAGCGGGAAUUACUUGAAUACCUACAGGACCGUCACGAAACUGAUGGGAACUUCGAUCUUUCAGACAUUGAAGGCUACCGGCAGCUUUCUCAACCGCAGAAGGACGAGGUUGCCAUCAAGUUCCAAGGAGUAAAGACUCUCGAUGACACUGUCUCAUCUGAAGAACUUUACUCACGGCUCAGAAGGCUAGCGAAGAAUCAAGAGUUCAACCAAGCUGUUGAUCCAGAAUUCACAUUCCCUCGCCGACCAAUCUACUCAGGAGAUUCCACACCUCUAGAUCAAAGUGAUCAUGAUCCUGCCGAGGCUGAAAAUUCGUACAUCGCGCUGGGUUCUCAGAGGAUUCGAGAAAACGAAAAGGCGUGUUUCGAGGAGCUUAUCGAGCUCGAAUUGCCUCCAGUGACAUCUUUCGAAGCAAUCGGGAAUCUCGGAUUCAGAUGCGUGUCUCCGUAUGAUGCGGAACUACCGUGGCAUGAAUCUGGGGAGAAUUUGAAUGGUUUCGAGCACCUCACUGUCUUUAAAAGGCAACUUGAAAGCUGGUGGCGAUUUCGGAAGUCGCAAUGGCAUUACCGUAAUAUCUCAGACGAGCCGGGCAUCGUGGCCUUCAUUGAGUCUCAGAGACGCGUCGACACGUUGUCAAAAGGCAAUAUCGAUCCAAAAGGUUGUGGGUACGAGAGGAACCUACGAAAGUCAUGGAUCGCUAUGGAUGGCUUCCCACGCAUUGCUGAUGAUAACGAUUUCACGAAAAGAAAAUAUUUCGCCAAGGACGACGUCAGCCGGCACGAGUUUCAACACGGCAUGGACCUGAAAGAGGAUCCGCGGCAGCAAACUGCAUGGGACAAUUGGCUUGAGUAUCUAAGUUACGAAAUGCGAUGUGAGAGUGACAUGAAUCAAAAUCAUCAUGACUUGCAUGUCUCCAUUCGCCAAGAUAUCAUUGCUUUGUCCGAGGCGAGCAUCGAUAUCAUGCGCAUGUCGGAGGGUUGCCACUUGGAUAGUCUCCAUGCAAUUAUGACAACGGCCCAGCGUCUCUCAGAGUCACUCUUUCACUUCCAACAACAGCAUGCGGAAAUGCACGAGCUCGCGCUACGGGUGGAAUGGAUCGUGCAAGAGGCUCGUAGGAUGGACGCCGAGCUCACGGCCGAAGCAAAUGAAGGGCUCUGUUCGGAAUCCAGCAGUUGCAGCAAUGAGUUUGAGGGUUUUAGGCAUCAAGCAGCAACCCCGUCUUUCGAGAUCCGGGAAGACACCCCCUCCCCCACAGAGCCGAGCGCAGGCCGAGAUCGCAAGAGAAGUUCUGACAGCAAGGAGUGUGUCGAGUCGCGAGGUCACACAAGACCACGACUGUACGAUAGCACAGAACAUUCCCACUUACUAAAUACUCAGUGCACAGAAAAUGAGAAUGAAAGUCGCAAGAGGAAGAGAACGCAUGAUGAUGACGAGCUUGUGGAAUCGCAGGCUCGCUCAGCACCGUGGCGGCGCAAGCAGACAGGCGACGCUCAUCCGCAGCGCAAUGUGCUCACGGAGCAAAGAGACGAAGCCUGCAAGCGAAAGAGGACAGAUGAGAGCGACGAUGAUGAAAGAUUGGGAGCUGACGCUGUAUCCAAAUUGCGCGAGCAAGUCAAGGUAGUUCCACCGCCACGCCGGAGCGCGCGGAUAGCUGAACAGAAGCGAUACCACGAUGAGAAUUCGGAUAGCGGGUCGACAGCACCGCUGAGGCGACGCACACGCACAGCGAAACCUCUGCAGGCUCUAACAAGUGCUGACCUUGAGGCGAGGCAACGUGGUGAAUGA